AUGAUUAAUGCCAAAAAGCACAAGGAAUUUCACGAUCGCAAUCUACCAGGGUCGGGCGCGGUCUUUCACAAUAACGCAGGAGACCUCCACUCUCCAAUGAUUCAGUGGAACACAAAUAUUUCGCCCACUCUUGAUGUAUCAAUCCAACGCGUUCCGCAGGUUCUUUGGAAUGGGCCCGAAUGUUUCACUCCGCUGGCUGAGUCUCAACGUUGGCUAUGUGACAAUACAUAUUUUGGAAAGGCGGACGGUAUAUCGAGAACUCUCAUGCACCACGAUUUUGGAUACGCCAUAUCCGAUGGAGCCGAUCAAGAUAUUCUGACCGAUUGUAUUCAUGAACAAUCAGGGUCAAACUUUGACAUGGCCACAUCCGAGGCACAGGUCAACAAGCACUGGCCAUACGGCGACGGAGAAAAAUUUCGCUACAACGUGACACUGCAAGCCCCGACGGCAUGCCAACAAAAGCCUAGUCAAACAUACAGCCUCACGGUCGUGGGUUCUAUUCCACCCCCAAAGAAGGCUGGACUUGCUGAAUAUCGAACGUUCGUGCAUGUAUCCUUCGAAGAAGAAGACCAGAGAUCAAAUCCGGAUGCAUCGUGGCGGCUAUGGAAAGAAGGCCGAGGCUUGAAAGAAGCAUAUGAGCGCAAAGGCAAGAUUUUAGCUGUCGAGUAUGCCGAUCCUUCUAAGGGCGAUGUUAGAAAUCAGGGACCUCGUCAGAUACAGCUUGAAGAAGCUUUUGUUGAUGGGUUUUGUAUCACCUGGUCAGUUGAUACAACGACGAACGUCUAUGAGGCGGCGAUUCCGCUGAAAUUCAAUUUUUUGUCAACCGAUUUCACCCGCUUAAAAGGGGUGAAAGGGGUAUUAGUUAGGAUGCGGCCAGAGGGCGAAAUUAAGACCAUGGAGGACGAGCCAGAGAUGUGCUACUGUGUGGUGAAGCUCUUUGGAGAUCACGGUGCCGAACGAAAAUUAUCGAAUGACAAGACACAUGUCAAGAAAAGGAUUGAAAAGCUCAACAAACAAAUCAUCGACCGAGAGACAGGUGCAGAUUUCGGUAGACGAAGUCGCAACAAGAGUUUGAUGAACGGUGGACAAAUCGACAUUCGGCCUCAGGAUAAGGCAAGUGGUCGAGGAAUUCGUGCAACAGCCCUAUGUAGGAUACGGACCUUCACUCCGCGCUUGCUACCACGACCGAGAUCCUUUCAUCGGCCUGUCCAUCUCCGUGGUAACGUGAAGGAUGAUCCGAAUCUACAUCCUAUCUGUUUAUCAGAUGGAUCAAGCACUUCUGUGAAAGAUGCGUUCUUGGACAAUCAACAUAGCACACGUGCUAUAACCUUGGCCCCCCAAGGAGCGGCUGACUUGUCAAAAAAGGCCAACCUACCAUCGCCCAAAGUGCCAGAAGUCUCUAUUGGGACUUCUCAAAGCUCUUCACCUCCUGCAAAUUAUUGUUCAAAGUCUGUCGCAUGCUUUUACCUCUAUUUCACUCAAAGCGGGAAGCAGCCCCAGGGCAGCUAUUAUGCAAUAUACCUAGCGGAUCGCACUUCUCUCAAUUUGAAAGUCGAGCUUGCGGAGAAACUGCAGAUCGACCCUUGUCUUAUCUCUCGUUUAAUUUGGGUCAAUAGUAAAGGCUUGAAGGUCCUGGUGGAUGACGAUAUGGUCCAACAACUUCCCGAGGCGCUGAUCAUGAGUGCAGAUAUUUGUGAACUGUUGUACACAGAAAUGGCUCCCUCGAGCGCAAAGUGCUCUAGGGUGGAAGUAAAGCUCGUGUUCUAG